AUCCAUUUCUUUCAUGUUAACCUCUGUAAAGAUAAAACGGUCGUACUCAUGUGAUAGGUUUAUCAUAAGACACGUAGUUAGUAGUGUUGCUGAAAAGAGACCGAAAUAUUAUCAAGAUGUCGGAGAAUAUGGAAAUGGAUGCAAUGGAGAUAGAAACAGACGGUAGUUUUGAUUAUAAAGAAUUAGAAGAAGACACAAAUAACAAAGAAUGCAAACCUAAAAGUCAUUACACAUCCUUCAAAGAAAAGUCGAAGAAAAAUUUGCAUCGAAAUAUAAUCAUUUUUUUAUCAUUUGUUGUUCUUUUCAUUGUUAUUUUCAUUUUGAUCGGCCUUCUCUCCACUGGUGAAAUCAAACCUGUGAAGACAAAAUUUCUUAAACAAACUCAAGAAAAACAGGACAUUCUUAUGAAAAAUUUGCUAAAAGAGUUUAAAGAACAGAAAACAAUGAUUUUAUCUUUAUCAACGCAACUUCAACAAGCACAGCAGAAUAUAAAUUUUUUUACAGAUAAGCAAUUAUCCUUCUCAAACAGACUUCAUCUACAAGAAAGAAAUACAUCAGAUUUACAAGACAAGUUAAACUUUGUAGAAAAAAACUUAACGAAAAAACUUCAGCACCAGAUCUCACAAAUUGUGGCAGAUAUUUUAGAACAGAAGCAUGUAACAGAGACUCUGGAAAAUCAACAACUCUCCUUCUCAUACAGACUGGAUUUACAAGAACAGAAUAUAUCAGAGUUGCAAAACAAGACUCUUCUUUUAUUCAACUCCUUGUCUCAACAUAAAAAUAACACAUUGAACUUAAAUAUAACGACGAAGACACUUCUCGACAGAAUAGAGCAACAAGAAGAGUUAUCAUCUCUUCUAACAGCUAAGCUCUGCAACAUCACUGACAAAGUACUUCAGCAAGAAAAUUUUACAGCUACGUUAAAAGAAUUGCACAAAGAAAAUUCAGAAAAAAUUUCACGGCAAGAGAUAAUUACAAAUAGUUUAAAAAAUCAGAACAAAGAAAAUUCAGAAAAAAUUACGCUGCAAGAGAAUAUGACAAAUAUUCUAAGGGAUCAGAACAAAGAAAAUUCAGAAAGAAUUACACGGCAAGAGAAUAUGACAAAUAUUCUAAGGGAUCAGAACAGAGAAAGUUCAGAAAGAAUUACAUGGCAAGAGAAUAUGACAAAUAUUUUAAGGGAUCAGAACAGAGAAAGUUCAGAAAGAAUUACAUGGCAAGAGAAUAUGACAAAUAUUUUAAGGGAUCAGAACAAAAAAAAUUCAGAAAAAAUUACGCUGCAAGAGAAUAUUACAAAUAUUUUAACGAAUCAGAUUAAAACCAUUAAUGACAAAUUGGUUGACCAAAUAACCUUGACAAGAAAUCUACUAAAACAGAUGCAAUUUACAAACAAAUCGUUGGAUGAUUUAACAUCGACUUCAGUUAACCUUGCGUCGGAAAUCCACUACCAAACGAAAGACAUAAUAUCAGUUAACAGAACACUAAAUGGAUUGUUUUUAAAAACAGACAGCAACAGUAUUAUCCUCAACAGACAAUCAAUUGAUAUUGAUAGCCUUAAAGAUAUUCAAAAACGGGAGAUCAAUAAUACCAAUGCUCUUUCAGCUGAAAUACAAGAUCAAAAAUUACAAAUCACCACAUUGCAAACAAAACAACGUAAUCAUGCCAACAACAUGGAUAUUAAAAUUUCUGGUGUCCAUUCACAGAUAAAUGGAGUAAAAGCAGAGCAAGCUGCAUUGACAAGAGAUAUUCAACAACUCUCUACAUCUCUCAAGACAGAAGAGUCGAAGUUAUCCCAACUGACAACAAAAGUGAACACACAGGUGACGCGGAUAGAACAACUCUCUGCAUCUCUCAAGACAGAAGAGUCGAAGUCAUCCCAACUGACAACAAAAGUGAACACACAGGAAACGCGGAUAGGUGCUAUAGAAACCAAGUUCAAUCCACAUUAUUACAUUUCUUCAUCACGAAAGACAUGGGAUGAAGCAAAACAAGAAUGCAGAAGCCGAAAUGGUCGCCUUGCGAGUAUUUCAUCCAUACUGGAAAAUUUGGUUAUUCAAAAUGAAGUCUUAAAAAGGGGCUUCAAUAACAUACAAAUUGGUUUUCAUGACCGAAACAGAGAAGGUAGUUUCGAAUGGACAGAUGGCUCGCCGGUACGUUUCACUAAUUGGGACAAAGGCGAACCCAAUAACUAUGGAAAUAAAGAACACUGCACCAGCAUGCUUCCUAGUGGCAGAUGGUACGAUCAUGAUUGCUUGACCUAUCAAAAUUUUGCGUGUAGUCUAUAAUAAAUAUUCCGAAUUAUAACGGGGUUCCCAGCAGGACUUGAAAAGUAAAGUGAGCCGACGAAUAAAUUGAUUUAAUUAACCUUUUAACCUGAUUUAGCCUGCUAAAUAAAAACACAUUUUCGCAUGUACUAGUUCUCUUAAAACGUUUUUCAUUGUAAUCAUAUUUUAGCGCAAUAAUAAAAUUACUUUUCUGAUUAUGUUAUGACAUAAUAUUUUCUUGUUAAUUUUUUAUGUCAUCAGAAAAAUUGAUUGUUGCAUGCAAUAGAUUUUGGAUUUUGUGAAAGAUUAGAUUACAAGUGAAUACAAAUUGAAUGUAGCCAAACUCUGUAAUAGCUUUGAUUUUUUAAAAUAGCCAAAAUUAUUUGCCGGCCUAAACUUUUUGCCUAAGUUAAUAAUAAUAUAUUAAGAGGGUGACAAAUUGAUUAACGAUAAAAGUUGAAGGCUGAGGAAAAUUUUGUCCCUUAAAUUUGGACUGAUAGGGUAAUUUUUCAAGUUGCUUAAUGAAAUCUUUUGCUUUUUAUCUACGAAGUAUAAUAUUUUUCGUGAUGCAAGAAUAGUUUAACAACAUUCUGCAAAAUAUAUCUAUUUACAUAAACCAUGGAGGUAAGUAAACUCGCAGCCCAUAUUUAACUUCUGGUUUUAAAAUUUUAUGAAAUUUAAUUCGUAUUUAAUGAUUAAGAACAUUUUCUCAAGUAUGUUUUUUAUUAAUCCAUACCUUAUUGUUAGCUACCGCAAAAAGUGAAAUAUUAGUCAUUUGCUCACAAAAUUUAAUCACAUUUUAUCGACUAAAUUUUACCAACAUUGCCAUUUUUUAUGCCAGCUCAAUUUUAUUAAUUAAUAUUAAUUUCAUAAAAUACAAUACGCAUAGAAACAUAGAAUAUAAAAUAAUCGAACCUUUGUCCCAUUUUUUUAAGUAUUUUGGAUUUUGAUGCACGGAACACAAGAAAAGCAACAAUUGUCGAAAAAACUUUAGCAGUCCAAAAAAAAAAUCUAAAAAAUCCAUAGAUGUGGUUGAUCGGAAAAAGAAAGUCGAUAAGACGAACAAAGCAAUUGCUCAACGGGACAGCCGUCUAAAAUAUCAAUCCUAUUCGCAUAAUAAAAACAGAAAACAUUGACUCAGCUGUUAUAGUCCCUGGCAUGACCCGGCGCGUGGUGGAAGCGAGUG